AAUCAGCUGAUCGUCAGUCAAGACGACACAGACAGACGGACGUCGUCUCCUCCAGCCAUCGAUUACCGACCCAAAAAACAAGUCGUACCAGCUACGGGAACGACCCCCGCCGGCAGGUGAAAAAAGUUAGAAGAAGCCUGCCCUGAAAUGUCCAGUUCCCAGCACAACAAUGCUUCAGAACUGGCAGAGUCCUCUUCGACUGGCGAGGAAGAGAGACCGUCAUCAACUUUUGCUCCGAGUUCAUCUUCAGAUCUGAACGCAACUUCCAAAGAAUCUUCAAAUACCUCCAGUUCUAAUUCCCCAGCUGACCUGCUAUCCUGGCAGAAACACGAGCCCACGUCCUCAAGUACAAGACUGGGUUAUGGUCACACAUCAGCGGAAAGCAGUCCGAAGGAUCACUCGCUGCCGGCACCUCUGAGAGACGACUCACCGACCGCUGCGGAGAGCUCCUCCGGUCGUCGCCCAGCAUCUUCAGAAAGUAUUCCUCAGUCCGCGACGUCUACUCAGCAGUCGACGGAGCAGACUCGAGGCAGCGAAAAUCCACCACACAUAGAACAGCAGCAGCCUCCCCCGGGACAGCCCCCUCCUGCACAGGAAAAUGGCGACACGGGCAGCAACGGCCAGAACAGGAACAAUACCCAGAAUAGACAGAAUAACAAUAAUGGUGGACUCGCCAACGUCAGGGAGAGGUUGUUCCAGGCGCUCUUCUUCAGGUUGGCUGUUGCGUAUGCCCGAGCGUUCCCGCAGCCUCUGAGGAGAGUGUUUGAGUUCAUCAUUUUGAUUAAAGCCCUCACAACAUUAUUCCUGCUGAUAUACAUACACCUUGCUUUCACUCGUGCUCCCAUAACAUGUCUCGACCACAUCAGGGAUGAUUGGCCCAGAGAAGGCAUCCUUCGAGUGGAAGUCAUUAGGAAUCCUAGUGAGGACUACAGCGUGGAACAGAGUUACGAGAAGGAGGAACGCCUACAACAAAGGCAGCUGGAAUUCCUUGGUACACUGGGUUCUGACAUCGAUAUUGUGCUAUUUACUAGGCUGUUCGGUGGGGGCGAGCCGGUGAUCACGGAUGGAGAAGGCACUGUCAUGGAGGCUGGUGUCGGGAGAGAUGACGUCAGCCCAGAUGCUAUCCCGGAUGAAGAAGGUGGGGCAAUGGAGACCCUUGCUGAAUCGUCUCACGGCGCUGACCAGAUGGAAGAAGACAAAAAUCCAGCAGCAGGAGAGGCGGUGCAGAAAAUGCAGACUCCGUCAGACAUGCCCAUCAUUGAAAACAUUCCAGAUCCAGAAGAUUCCUCAGAGAAGGAUGUUAUGAGUGAACUCUCGAGUAUUGUAAACGCCACUCAUGGCAUGCCAGACGCCAAUUAUACGGAGAAUCUGUCGACCACCAUGCCUCACGACGACAGUCCUCUCCCUAAGAAGGAGCCUUUGGAAAUGCUAGCCAAAGCGGUCUGGCCAGAAGAUGAGUACAUUGUCGAAUAUUCCCUGGAGUAUGGCUUCCUCAGACUUUCCCCUGCCACUCGUCAACGGCUAAACAUUCCUGUCAUGAUAGUCCUUUUAGAUCCUACUAAGGAUGCCUGCUUUGGUGACGCGCUCUCUCGCUUCAUUCUUGACGAGUUCUUGGGUUACGACGACAUCCUCAUGGGAUCCAUCAAGAGUCUGGCGGAGAAGGAGGAGAAUAAGGGUUACUUUUGAGGUAAGAACGUCGUCACCGGAGAACACUACCGAUUUGUGAGCAUGUGGAUGGGCGGGAGCAAUUACCUGGCCGCUGCGUUUGUCAUGGUAGUUUUCACUCUGAGCGUUUCCAUGCUGCUGAGAUACUCCCAUCACCAGAUAUUUUUGUUUAUCGUGGACCUGUUGCAGAUGUUGGAGCUGAAUGUUGCUAUUACGUUCCCAGCUGCCCCGAUGUUGACUGUUAUUCUGGCUCUUGUUGGCAUGGAAGCAAUAAUGUCCGAAUUCUUCAACGACACCUCGACUGCAUUCUACAUCAUCGUCCUCGUGUGGGUCUGUGACCAGUACGAGGCGAUAUGCUGCCACACCCCCAUUACCCGUCGUCACUGGCUGAGAUUCUUCUACCUGUAUCAUUUUGCCUUUUAUGCUUACCAUUAUCGCUUCAAUGGACAGUACUCUUGGCUGGCUCUAAUGACAUCCUGGCUCUUCAUUCUUCAUUCCAUGCUGUACUUCUUCCAUCAUUACGAACUCCCAGCGAUACUCCAGCAAGCUCAGAUUCAGCAGCUGGGUCGCGUUCACACCGUCAACAUUGUCUUGCGAAACGUCCCAAACAACAACAAUGCAAACAAUCAGAAUGCCAACAAUGCUUCAAAUGCAGCUGGAAACGACAAUGCCGGAGAAAGGAACGGAAACCCCAGUUCUGCAGGCGCCGGGAACGAAAGACCUGCCAGGAACAUUCCCCCGGUUGUCAAUCUAGUCUUCCGGAACAUCACCGGUGCCAUGGCCAACAACAGGAACGGAAACGCAUCGCUCAACUUCGUCUUUAGGAAUGUGAGGAGCAUCGUCCAGAACCUGCAGCCGGCUAAUGCCACGACCAGUGUCGCAACAAGAAUGACCACCACGGCACCUACGUUCACUACGGCAUCCACAAACACGACCAUCUCUACUGUAGGUGCCACUUCAGAUGUUGGAUCUGGGACUUCGGCUGCUGCCGACCCAACAGCACCAAGUACUUCUAAGAGUGAAACUUCAUUCGCCCCUAGUCCAGAUGUCUCCUCGAAGAUGAAAGAGACCCUAAGUGGCCCCCAGGCUUCAAAAACCAUAGGUGGUGAGAGCAGUGACAGCCAGCUGUAUGGGGCUGUCCCAGUCAAUACAUUCGCCAGCGAUGGCAGCCAUCGUCAGCACGUAGCCGAUAAGUGGAUGACAUCUCCCGCAGCAUCGGAUAAAGGAGAAGCGAGCAGUAGUGGUCUGCAGGGGUUCAAUCUUCCGAGAGAUGGUUUAAUUGGGGCCGUACCUUUAGAAGACAAGGAUCCCUUGCACCUUAAAAAUAUAGGAGCAACUGCAUUACCUCCUUCCCUAGACUCGGAGAGCACGUCAAGAUCGAGCCCACCGGCGCAAGAGCUGAGGCACAGAACAACCUCAAAGAGAAGUGAAUAUCAGCAGCCUGAUGACGGCGACUGUAGCGGAUAGUUCGGAUUGCCUUAAUGAAAAAAGAGAGCGAGAGAGAAAGAGAGGAAAAAAAAUAUAGUUUAUUUUAAUAUGAAAUUAUUUUUAUUAAUUUUUAUUAUUAUUGAAGCAGUUCUUGUAUUGCCAUUAGGCUUAUCUCUACUGAGUAUACAUUUUGAAUGAAUGCUCGUAGUAUGUCCCUUUUUUGAUUGGUGAGUCUGUUCUAAAGCAGACGGCAUCGUGAGGUAAGGGAAUUGUGUACAUUUUUUCCCCCCAGUAGGACUUUGGUGUUUUAAAUUGCGAAUCGAGAACACAAAGUGAAACGUGUUGUAGGUACAAUGGUUUUUUUUUAUAAAGUGAUGUCUUUCAGUCGUACUUGUCCUCUCUGUUUAUUCUGGUCUGUUGUUUUACGGGUGUGUUGAUGGUAUUUUAAUCCCAUUCGUGUCUAUCUUGAAAGAACCUGUCAUUCAUGAAGAUGUCCUUUUAAUUUACUUUGGGCACUAGAAAGAUUAAAUGCCAAAAUAAAUGUCCUUUUUAGAUAAGGUAUGUCAUAAAUGUCCUUUGUAGUUUGUGAUUGGUUCAAAGAUAAAACUUUCCCUUGAUAUAAUAAUUACCUCAAAAGGUCAAAUUUAACCAUUCAAGACUUUCUUAAGGUUGAUGAGAAUUAAUAGCAGGUGUAAAAAUCUUUCUACAUAAAGGGUCUACUUACUUUUCACACUGAGUUCUGUUGGGGAUUUUUUUUAUAUAUAGUCACAAAUGUUCAUUUUGUGUCACUUGGGCAGUGUCAUUCUUUACUCUAGAGUCACACAGAGUAGUACCAAUGUGAGACAUUUGGUUGUUAUUUUCUAAUGUUAGGUUUAUUUACUUUCUGUCCCGAUAUGCCAGUAGUACUGUCGUCACUUUGCACAGCACAAGCAUCGGCAUGUUCUUGUGAAAAAAUUAUACUAUUAUCGUUUCGCUCAUGAACAUUGCUAAUUGCAGGAUGAUCAUCCAACAGACUUUUGCCCUUGUGUGCAUAAUUAUGCUAAGGUCACAACAACCUUUUCCUCCACGACAACCUUUUUCUCCACGACAGAAAAUCCCUUGUGCCAUCUGUGAUGCCAGGAGUACUACUGUUCUUGGAAAGGAUUUCUAGGUGCAAAAGGUAGCCACUGGCAAAAUGAUACAGUUAAGGUUUGGGAAUAAAAGGCAAAAAGCAAUGCAGCUGAUCCUCUUGGAGGCUACCAAAAACCCUUGGUACUGCCCACAGCUGGCCAUACUGGGCAUCCUUAAGUGUUUGCCAAAGAUGUUUUUCCUGAUCUGGUCUUAGGAAAUAGUCUCUUGGAGAAGUGCAAUAGAUCAGUCAGCAAUAGAGUGCACAGUGGUUGAGACACCAGCUAAGAACUGUUCAGUCUUGUCUCUUGAAGUCGGGAUCAGUGAUCAGUCUACAUGGAAGGUCAGGAGGCUUAUGAUUGAAGGAAUAAAAAGCUCCCCCUUGAUGGCUAUGAAGAUGCAAAAAUUAGAAAAUACUGCAAUUGUUGCCAACCAGAAAUGUGUUAGCAUGAUGCUGAGAAAUGCCAAACUCCUUAUGUCUCUCAAUGCACAGAACUUUAACGCGUCCGUAUGCUGACUUCUAACGCCUGAGUGCAGACUUUUUUUUUUUUUGUGCUGCAGUGUAAAGUUCCUGAAGUCAUGAGGACAACAGCCUCUGGGAAAAUAUUGCUUGAUUCUCUGUCAGUGUAACCUCUUUGUCAUUGUGUCAGUGAGAGCAAGAAUAUGCUGCAAUCCUCUCAACCACAAACAUAGCAAGUGGAAUAUUUCAGAAGGAGCCAUUACUUCCUUGACAAAGCUGUCGGAUAACUCUUCACGACUUUCCAGUGUAUUCUUCUGUACCUAGCCCUAUACAUAUGGAAAACAUGACACUUUUUAACCUUAAUGAUACCCGACUGAUGGUGGUUGAGCCCCUUCUCAGCCAGAUAUCGUACAGCUUGUCUGUCUCCAGAUACACAUUUGCCACCUGAUGUCAUAAGAAAAUAUUGACUUGCUUUGCUAUUUGCAGUUUUCAGACUUUCAGGUUGUUUCAUCACAACCUUAUGUCCUUGACUUUUAACUUAACAGGUCAGAAGUCUUCAGAUAAACAUAGGGAGUUCUCUGAACCUAUCAAUGGUCACUGAAGUGAGAUUUUCCUACUGCUUUAGAGCCACGAAGGUUGAACCUCACUCCUCUGUAUUUUCUUUGACCAAUAGGAGUGAUGAACACAAACUUUUGCUUGAGUUCACUUCCACUUGGGAUUGGUCUAAAGUAGGACAGAGUAACUAGAGACUAAACUUUUGCCAGGGCACAUAAAUAUCUGGCCAUUAUUCCAUAAUCUUCCUCUGUUAGGUUUCACUGGUAGGGCUGAUGUAGAUUCUCUUAUUCACAGGUCAAGCCUCUGAAUAAGUGUUUUCAGAGCAAGAAAAGCAAACCUGGUUUAAUUGUAAGGCUUUUUGCACCAAGUGCUAAAGAUAGUAUUACCAUACAUAUACACCAUCAUACUGACUGAGGUAGUUUUUAAAAUGAGGCUAAUGACUUAUUUUUUGGAAAGGAAUAGCUGCACAUAUUCUACAAACAGCAAGACUGAUCCACAAACCAAAUAUCCAGGUUGGCAAAGAACAGCAGUUGGGAAAUAUCACCUUUAGAGUACCGAUUUCGGCUUUGUAGUGCUUUCUUAACAGGAGGAAAAGUGAUAAGCCAUACUUCCUUGUCAAUUCUUCUUGUGUACACAUUCAUGGGUUAAAGACAAAAGCUCUUGAUGCUUAGAUCACUACCUAUUAUUCCUGAUCAAACCCACUGUGUAGGUAGUUUUAGUAGUCCUAGAACAAGGCAGAGUAGUGUUGGGGUCUUACAAUAGGCUGCUAAUGAGUUACGACUGUGAUGAGAACUGGCACGAGAGGCAUUGGCAUGCGCUACAUUCAGAUGUUCAGGCCUUCAAAACUGUGCCAAAAUCUUUUAGCAGUAGACUGUAAUAGACUGAUAACUUGAAACCUGCUCUAGGCUUUACUGCAUUAACGAAAAUGUCAACACAAUCUACAAAAGACAAGUAUGUCCUUAUUAAAGCGAGGAAAGCAGGGAGAUCUUGGGGUAUUGUAAAUCGUUCUAGAUGUUUUCUUUACAUUUACGGCAAGAGUUCCAGAGACGAGAGGAUUAUUUUACCAUAAACACAUCUGUUUGCUGCAAUUUUUAUUACUUGAAAGAUGGACAUUUAUAUAUUUUAAUCAAUAGGAUGAACUUUAUGUACAAAGUUCUCAUGGAAAUUAGAACUUUAUGGAUUAAGUUGUUGAAAGAAUGUUCCAAAUUUUAAGUUCAAAGUAUCAAGAGGUUAGCAGCCUCACUGCUUGGAAAUGAAUAAUACCUUUUCCAGAUUUCUUGAGCUUAGUUCCUGUGUUUUUACUUUUUCAUUUUUGUAUGAUUUCAAAGUUUUCUGUGACCAUUAAUGCUUAUCAAUAGCAUUACUGUUUAUGAAUUAAUCUAAUGUUCAGUUUUUUUACUGUGUUCCUAUUUUCUUAAGUGACACUAACUGCCAUGAGUUGUAAAAUUUCAUGUUGGACCACUUGGAAAGUUGCCGACAAGCCCAUGUAUGUGGGGGAAAGCCCUUUUUGAUAGUUUAGUUUUAUUUAUUACAAAUAUGGCCUGGUGAUUUGAGUGACUUUCAAAAGCGAACGUUGACACAAUGUAAUGAACUCGUCCUUCAAGGAAUAGUGGGUGGAAUUGGUUGAAUUCGUAAUCGCGUCGUUCAAGUUAGACGACGAGGAUUGCCCCAAUGAUUAUACUGUACUCCCCAGGGGGGUAUGCGGUAACCCCAGGUGAAAAGUGCUGUGCUUCUCCACUGUAAAUCCAAGUACAGUUAGAUUAAUUCCAGUGACCCUUACCAUACUAUGUACAGCAGAUGCCGCUGUGUGUGAGGUGAACUUCGUUUAUAUCUGCUACUAUCGUAUUCAAGCUCUAUAUACUUUUUUUAUUUCCUUUUUUCAGGGUAUCCAGUACAUAGUAUGUUGUUAUAUACUUUUUGUAUCAUUUCUCAUUUGUGACUGUUAUUUAUUUAAUUAUACAUUCUUGUUGGCCGUAUUUGAUGAGGUUUUAGCAUCAUAACAUUGUUCAUAGAUA